ACUUGUAGCCCGUCAAUUACGAAAUGACUUUUAAUUCGUUGGUAUAUACUUACACGAACAGUGACUCAUUGACUUCCAAGUCGUUCUAAUUCUACCCGUGUUUUACAAGCUGAGAAUUAAACUCAGCAAGACUUGUAGUGAAACUCAGCAAGACUUGUAGUGAUUCACUGCAAUAUAAAACUAUAACUGCACAAGUAAUCAAUAACAAAAACAAACAACUGAAAUCUUUUAUCCUUCAAGAUGAUUCCCAGAAUAUUUUAUUUCCUUCAGUUUUUCACUCUCUUCACUGUUACUUUUGCUUCCACUGAGGAAGCAACUGCUCUCCUCAAAUGGAAAGCAACUUUCCUAAACCAAAAUAAUUCCUUAUUGGCUUCAUGGACACUAAGUACUGAUUCAUGCAGGGAUUGGUAUGGAGUUAUGUGCUUUAAUGGUCGGAUAAACAGGCUGAAUAUUACGAAUUCUAGUGUUGUUGGUACACUCUAUGAUUUUCCAUUUUCAUCUCUCCCGUUUCUUCAAUAUGUUGAUCUUAGCAUGAACCAGUUUUCUGGUAUCAUCCCCCCUGCAAUAGGAAACCUCACUAAUCUUGUCUAUCUUGACUUGUCGUCUAAUAAGUUUUCAGGCAAAGUCCCACCUCAAAUCGGCUCACUAUCCCAUAGUAAACUUUCUGGUUCAAUUCCUGCAGAAAUAGGGAAAAUGAAGUCACUUGAGAAUUUAUUUUUACAGAGUAAUAAUCUUUCUGGUUUGCCUGGCCUCAAAAUUCUCUACCUUUAUUCUAACCAACUUUCUGGUCCCAUUCCUAAUGAGUUGGGAAAUUUGAAAAACCUCAAUGAUAUGGCGCUAUCCGAUAAUCAGCUUAGUGGUUCAAUUCCAACCACUUUAGGCGAUUUAAUGGAGCUUGAAACUCUCUACCUUUAUUCUAACCAACUUUCUGGUCCCAUUCCUAGUGAGUUGGGGAAUUUGAAAAAUCUCAAUGAGAUGGAGUUAUCCGAUAAUCAGCUUAGUGGUUCAAUUCCAACCACUUUAGGCGAUUUAAUUGGCCUCAAAAUUCUGUACCUUGAUUCUAACCAACUUUCUGGUCCCAUUCCUACUGAGUUGGGGAAUUUGAAAAACCUCAAUGAUAUGGAGCUAUCCCAUAAUCAGCUUAGUGGUUCAAUUCCAACCACUUUAGGCGAUUUAACUGGCCUAAAAAUUCUUUGGGAAAUUUGA